GCAUCCCUAGGCCUGCCAAACCCACCCAGAGCCCAGCCUGUCGGAGUCGGAAUCUCCGCCCCAAAGCGCCUGUGAGUGAGCUCGGUAUUGGGGAGGGAAGAGGCAAGGGCUGGAUGAGCUCAGUCCGGAGCAACUGGCCGAGCAACUUCGCAGCAGGAGGAGGAGGAGGAGGGCUGGCUGGCCCUGGCAAAAAGACCCGAAGCGAAGAGGAGCUUCUCUUGGGACCCCUUCCCCCGCCGCACAGCUUCCUCUCCCUCUCCUUUCUUUCCCUUCUCCGACUGGAUUACAAAAAGAGUCAGCCGCACCGCCUGAGAGUCCUGUCGGGAGUUGAAUCGGAGUGGAUUUGUUCUCUUUCUCUCCCUCUCUCUCUCCAAAACGCGGCUUCAGCUGGGAGCCAGGAAAGGUAUGACGGUUCUACGGUCGGUGUAGCCAGUAAGCCCAGCAAGGAUGAUCGGACCCAUGAUGCUUUGCUUGCUGCUCUUGGCUUCCCUUUCUUCAGCUGAACUGGAAGAACACUUUGACCCAGCUAAGUGCCGCUAUGCGCUGGGCAUGCAAGAUCGUGCCAUCCCCGAUGAAGCCCUCUCUGCCUCCAGCUCAUGGUCCGACUCAACGGCAGCCAAACACAGCAGGUUAGCACUGAAUGAGGGAGAUGGAGCCUGGUGCCCUGCAGGACCUGUCUACCCCAAUGAUGCUGAGUAUUUGGAGAUCGAUUUGCGUCGGCUGCACUUCUUGACCUUGGUGGGGACCCAGGGGCGCCAUGCCAAUGGCCACGGCAAAGAGUUUGCCCGCGCUUACCGGCUCCACUACAGUCGCGAUGGACACCGCUGGAUGCCUUGGCGGGACCGGUGGGGCAAUGAGGUGAUUUCGGGUAACGAAAACACAAAGGACGUGGUAUUGAAGGAUCUGGGACCACCAGUCAUUGCCCGAUACGUCCGCUUCUUCCCGCGUGCAGACCGCGUCAUGAGUGUCUGCCUCCGUGUGGAGCUCUAUGGUUGUGUUUGGAAAGACGGCCUUCAGUCAUACACCGCUCCACUAGGCCAAGUCAUGCCUCUUGUCCCUGAACCCGUCUACCUGAAUGACUCCACCUAUGACGGGCACAGCGUCCACAAGUUGCAUUUUGGGGGUCUUGGCCAGUUGACCGAUGGGGUGGUAGGCCUGGACGAUUUCACCCAAACCAAGGAGCUACGUGUUUGGCCAGGAUACGACUACGUGGGCUGGAGGAACAGCUCUUUCCCUGGUGGCUUCAUCGAGAUGGAGUUUGAGUUCGAUCAACUCAGAGCCUUUACUUACAUGAAGGUUCACUGCAACAACAUGCAUACGCACGGGGUGAGCAUCUUCCGGAAGGUGGACUGCCUCUUUAAGCGCAGCCUGGCCACAGCCUGGGAACCUGUCCCUGUCUCACAACAGCUUGCAGUGGAUGUCAGGAACCCCAGCGCUCGCAUCCUCACGGUGCCCCUGGAAGGACGCCUGGGACUGUUUGUCCAGUGCCAUUUUCAUUUCGCUGGCGAGUGGAUGCUCUUCAGUGAAAUAGCCUUCCUCUCAGACAUUGUGAAUGAUCCCACUCUCUCAGCAUCGAGUCCCCGUCCCCCAGUAGUGGCUCAACCUCGGGCAUCAGGCCAUGGCACUCCACUCUCCCCAGCCCUAGGAUCGGCAUUGAAUGAGAAAGCUGGCAUCACCCCAAAUCUUACAAUCCAAGACCUCGAGGGCCAAGAGGGACCAAAAUCAGGCCAACCCAUUGCAAAGGACGACAACAGCAAUACCGCCAUCCUGAUUGGGUGCCUGGUAGCCAUCAUCCUACUUCUGCUGGUUGUGAUAUUUCUCAUCCUUUGGCGACAAUACUGGCAAAAGAUUCUGGGGAAGGCUCAACGCCGAAUCUCUGAUGAUGAUCUUACCGUUCACCUCUCUGCGCCGAGCGACACCAUUGUCAUCAACAACACAAUGGGUUCCCACAGACACUCCAACCGCUAUGAGCGCAUCCACUCGGGAGACACCGAAUACCAGGAGCCCAACAGGGCACGCAUGAAACUGCCAGACUUGCCACACAGCACUGAGAACUCUGCUCUGCUGCUCAGCAACCCGGCUUAUCAUCUCUUCCUGGCCACUUAUGCCCAGCCCAUGGGAAGGCCUGCUUUCCCGCCACCCAGCCGGGUUAAGCCCAUCAACACCAAUGCUACAGCAUGUGGAGCAGAUUACAUGGAACCAGAAACAGCUAAUUGCCAGCCGGGCUUCCAGAACAAUGUGCCACAUUAUGCCGAAGCUGACAUCAUCAACCUGCAAGGGGUGACCGGUGGAAACACAUAUGCCGUACCAGCAGUGGCAGUAGAUGCCCUUACGGGGAAAGAUAUGGCGCUGGGCGAGUUCCCCAGGGAGAGACUCAUCUUCAAGGAGAAACUAGGAGAAGGGCAGUUUGGAGAGGUCCAUUUGUGUGAAGUGGAGAACCCUCAAGACCUACCGAGCUUGGAGUUCCCCUUCAAUGUGCGCAAAGGGCGCCCUCUCCUCGUGGCUGUGAAGAUUCUGCGCUCUGAUGCCACUAAAAAUGCAAGGAAUGACUUCCUGAAAGAGGUGAAGAUCAUGUCACGCCUCAAGGACCUUAACAUUGUGCGGCUGCUAGGCGUGUGUGUCCGGGAUGAUCCACUGUGUAUGAUCACGGAGUACAUGGAGAAUGGCGACCUCAACCAGUUCCUCAGUGGACAUGAGCUGGAAGACAAGCUGGGAGGCAGCCCCAGUGGGAAACCAACCAUUAGCUAUCCAACUUUGAUCCAUGUGGGAGCCCAGAUAGCCUCAGGAAUGGCUUUCCUUGCCUCCCUCAACUUUGUGCACCGGGACCUGGCUACACGAAACUGCCUGGUCGGCGAAGGAUUCACUAUCAAGAUUGCUGACUUUGGCAUGAGCCGGAAUCUCUAUGCCGGGGACUAUUAUCGUAUCCAAGGCCGGGCCGUGCUUCCUAUACGCUGGAUGGCCUGGGAAUGUAUUCUCAUGGGUAAGUUCACUACUGCCAGCGACGUCUGGGCCUUUGGAGUCACGCUCUGGGAGGUGCUAAUGUUGUGCCAAGAACAGCCGUACAGCCAGCUGACGGACGAAGCCGUCAUUGAGAACGCAGGCGAAUUCUUCCGGCAUCAGGGCAAGCAGGUCUAUCUCUCCCGUCCUCCUGCCUGCCCCUUGGCUGUCUACGAGGUGAUGCUGAGAUGUUGGACCCGAGAAUCCAAGGACCGCCUGCCUUUCCAAUAUUUGCACCGUUUCUUGGCUGAGGAUGCCCUCAAUAUGGUGUGAACCAGCAUUGCAGUGGACAGCAGCGGCUACCUUAAGGAGCUGGACAAUGUCACAGAGACUGCUGGGAGCAGCAUGUGGUCGGGUGGCGGGUGUAGUGCUCUGGAACUUAUUCUGCUGCAGUUCUGACGGGAACAUCACCGUAUCCUCAGCUCGGCUGAUGUCCUCACACCAACUAUCCCCAAUUUUUACUCACUCCAUUUUUCAUUUAUUAGACUUUCUUUGGCCUGUUCAACUCCUUCCAUCUCUUGGUCCUAUCCAACACGUUGCUCUUCCUCUGUUUUCCAGUUUGCAUCUCCACCAGCAUACAUACUUAUUUUUUAUUGUGUGUCUUCGUCUGAACUAGUUCUGUCCAAUCUUGGUGAAACAUUGUGUUCAACACUCAGUUCAUUAAUGCUCACACUAUUCUCUGUAUUCUCAUUAUGCAACACAUCCCAUAUUUCAAUCCAUCUCUUCUCAUUGGUUUCCCAAAGGAUGAGUUGAGGGAAAGGGAGGUGGUUGGCGAUAUUGGUUUGGAAAGCUGAAUGUCCAGCCAAUAACUUCUUUUUGAUUAAUUCAUCACAAGCCUAUUGGAUAUAUAUUCGUGACUGAUACAACACAAUGGCUAAGUCUUUGAACCUGAAAGACUUCAGUUCAGAUCCUCAGUUUUUCCUUAGCAAUUUAUCUACUUCACAGGGCUGUUAUAAGGAUUACUGAGAAAGAGAGAGAUCUAAAGCACUUUGAACAGUCUCAAUAGUUUAAAAUAAUGAGUAGUUUUGCAGGCUUUGUGCUUUCAUUUUGUCAAGGCAAAUGGUGCAAUGUCCUGGUUUUGAAUGGAGUUAUUUUCUUCUGUUAUUGUUGUAAGCCCUGUGAUACUUCCUUUAGCACUCCAGAACUGGGGGCUGCACUACUAUGAGACAGUCCCUUUAUUCAGUAGGGCAUGAAACACAUGGAUGAGAGGGAGAGAUCCAGAGUUAUGAGAAAGAAGGGAAACUGAGGAAAGUUUAGCCUUCCUCAACUUCUAAACCAUGAAUGACUUGAAUUCCCACCAAGAAGAUCCCACCGAAUUGAUCCCUUACUUGCCCUGUCUCUGUCUAACCACAACUUCUAAAGUAUUGCUUUUUUGUUUUAAUGAUUUCUUUGCCCAUUUCUUUCCAUUUCCCUGAUUACCACCAGGGCAAUCUUGUGUAAACCACCUUUACUGAUCUGAGUAUAUUUAUUCACAGGAGAAUACGUAUAGGAUUAGAAUUCGGGGGGUUGGAUUAAUGUUCUAAUGCAGAGACGUUUUCAUACAGUGGUAGGCUACAAGACUUGAAAAUAGGACAAACCUGGAAGCAUUUCGAUCUGCAACAUUAAGGCUGCAGUUCUGAUCUACUGAGAGUUAGUUGUAGUUGGAAUGAGCAAUGGCCAUCAGCUGAAUUACUUUUCAUAUCCCAGUGACUUAGGCCUGGAUCACAUUAUCCUUUUUUUCUCACAAGUUUUAGCUUUUCAGAACAAUGUAUUUUUCUCCUUCUUCUACCUCUACUAUUUCCCCAAUAAAAGGUCCUCUCUUAAUGCUCUUUCUACCUGAGAAACUGGUACUAAAACCGAUGGCAGUGGAAAGAUUCAUAGAGCCUUUGAACAUCUCCAUAUUGGGGACUGCUUAUCUUCCUUUAGACUUCACUUACAACUGGACUAACACUGGCUAAAUAAAAUAGGACCCUUGGGUUCAUAAACACUGGGAUUCACUGAGCACUGGAUGCUUGGAGAGGCUGGAAGACAUAGUUUCAAAGGUACUUCACAAGCCCAUUGUGGGCUGGGAGAACCUGUACUUGCUGCUCUUGAGAGACAAGGAGGCACCUCUUGAUCUUACCCACUUUGAUUUGUUGAAGAGGCACCGAUCCUGGCUGGUGAAAACUGACAUGGCAUAGAAUAGACUUUAGGCUGGAAAUGGUCACACCUUAUCUUAAGAAUGAAAUUUAACAUUGGAUAUUCCAAGGGGCCAAUUUUCUAGUCUGGCUUCCUAAUGUGCCAAGGUCUGCCCUGCCUGGAGAUGGUCACACUUUGACAUAGCGAUUUUUGGCUUGAAAGCUCCUUGUCCCUCUGUUGUUAUUUGUGCUUCAAGGGUAUUAUUUACAGUUUAUGAUACAAAUCCAGUUUAUUGGAUGUCUCAAAUGAACACACACCGGUGAAACCCCAGCCGUGGUGGUGGUGGGUCUGUGUGUUGGUUCUAUGAGGCGGCAAGGCCUGGCCCCACAGAGCAGCCCGAUAGCUCAGGUGGAGGAUGAAUGUGUCUGGGGCCUUUUCAGUCUGCAGUUGCAGGACCACCAUCCCCAUCUGCUCUUGACACACAGGCCAGUUGACCCACCAAUGUCACAAUGGCAUCCUGUCAGGCUAAACCACACCCAUAAACCCACAAUGUUUGGCUUCUCCUCAUCCUCCUCCUCCUCCUUCUGCUGUGGCUGCUCCUUCUAUUUCUCUGGCUGCGGCUCCGCUCCCAACCUGAUUGUAGAUAUUGUACUGUACAAAGUGUCAGGGAAGGGAGGCACUUUUCCAAAUCAAAUAGUGGGAGUUGGGGAAAUUGAUCUAAGUUUUGUGUUUUGCUUGCCUACUGUUUCAUUGUGUCCCAGAGAAGGGUCUUCAAAAUCAGCAUCGGCAUUGUGCUCACAGUAGUGAGAUCUGUGCAUAUACAUACAAAAGCUCUGCAAUGACCUAUGCUUCUAUCAGAUUAUGAAUGCAAUAACCUUUCGUAAUGUAAGUUCCUCUGUUUUGUGGGAAGAACCAGAAAAUAUAUUUUCCACCCCGCACCUCUUAAUAGUUUGGUUUCACAAAUGAAACAAAACAAAGGGAGGAAAGGUGCAGUUUGGUUGAAAGCAGUCUGUGUCUUCAGCCAUCUAUCAAAAUGUAAAUUUUGUUUAAAUCUGAUAGUUGUAGGCAGCAAUUUAGGUGGUUGGUUCUCAAAUUCUGUGCUCAAAAUGUUCCAAAUAAUUAGAGCUAGCUAUGCUUUGUAUUUUAGCUUUUGGCAGGUACAUCCAAUUUGAAAAUACUAAAAAGAGAGCAUGAAUGGCAAUUCUGCAUAUGUUGUGCGCCAUUUUAUGAAAAGUUUUGUCAUGUCCAAUCCUAUCUGAGCUUUGUGCCCAAACAAUAGCUUUAAUCCUCUUCCAUUGUUUUUGCAAUAGAGUGAAUCUUGAUAUUAACAGGAAAGAGAUAUUCUGGCACUGAUUCAUGGACAUUCAAGGACUCUUGGAAGACAUGAUUUAAAUUAUCUGCAGAUUUUAAAAAAAAAAGCAUAUAGUGAACACACUGUUUGAUUUGAAAGCUGGCAUGUUGGGACCCACUGAAUUAUUAUUUUCAAGUCUUGGGGAGGAAGGUGAAUUUAAUUUUUUUUAGAAAUUCAGUUAUGCGGGAAUUGCCUGAUCCAGAUUCCAUAUGUUUUACAUACAAGUAAAAUCCAAAAAUAACUUUUAGUUUGCGCAGUUGGUGUGUGGCUUUAUGGAAGAGACCUUUAAUCAUCCCUUUGCUAGCAAAUGUGUCUUGAAACCAUGUGCAAACUACAGGCCAGCUUUUUGCAGCUUUGAAUGUAAGUUUUCCAGCAGUGGAAAGGAAACAUAGCAUAAUGUAUUGCUAUGAACAUCUCACCAUUAUUCUUAUUUGAAGCAUAUUUACUUGGGUCCCAUGAGAGAGCUUACAUAGGGUUGCAGUUACAAUCAUGACAAACUUUGGCUUAAUUAAGAAAAUCUACUGUUUUGAAUGUUUUGAACUGUGUGAAAAUACUCAUAACGAGAUGUAUAUUUCUAUUUGAAGAUGUUUCCGUGGCAAACAAUGCCCAAUGUCGCCUCUCCAUUUCAGUGACUGUUUUCUCCCCUACGGUGACCCUGUUGGGUACCUUCUUUUGUGUGUGUGUUUCUCUGGGGCUACUUGUAGCUGUUUGUUUGUAUUGUGCACCAGGAUGUGUAUAUAUUUGAAGAGCAGAAAAAAGAUAGACAGAUUUUUUUACACUAAUAUAUAGAUGUUUGGGGUUUUUUAGUCCUUUCCAUUUAUGUGGUGAAAUAAAGCGCUUUGCAUUUUGUACAGUA